UGAUGGCUCUGGGAGGUGCCUUUAACACAGAGUGCAGUAAAACAAGGAAACAACUAAAGAGAGGUUUUAUUAUUCUGAACAGUCCUGUCAUCAGAGAGUGCUAUAAGGUUAUGUGUUAUCAGCAGAUCAGAGCUGGGAAGACUGUGCUGGACACGAUUAUAUUUAAAGAGGCUGGUGCUGGAGAACACACUGAGAAAGGGGCAGGCGCUACAACAUGCAAACCGCUGUGCCCUGUCUCCUCAGCCUGGUCCUUUCCUUCGGGGGGUCUUGUGCCCUGGAUCCUUCAUACAGACCCAACAACUACAGCAUUAAUGAAGUGGGGGCAGCAGCAUUUGUGAGUGAUUACAACAAAACAGCAGAAAUCAUCUUAUUUAAGAGUGUUUCAGCGAGCUGGGAUUACAACACCAACCUGACCGCGUACAACCAGGAGAAACAGAUCAAUGCCUCCUUGGAAGAACAGGAAUUUGUGGAAGCUUGGGCCGAGAAAGCAAAAGAAUUUUACAACAUCAAGGACAAGUUCAAUGAUGCAAGCUUGACGAAGAUCAUCAAUAAAAUUGGUGUCCUGGGCCCUGCAAAUCUCCCACCUAAUGAAAGGAAAAAGUACAACACCAUCCUGAGUGAAAUGGACAACAUUUAUUCCACUGCUAAGGUGUGUCCACCAAAUCAACAGACCUACUGCUGGUCUCUCGAACCUGAUCUUGUGGAUCUAUUGGCAGCAUCUCGGAGUUACAAAAAGCUGCUGUAUGCCUGGGAAGGUUGGCACAAUUCCGCAGGAAAUCCACUAAGAGACAAAUACACAGAAUUUGUGAGAAUGAGUAACAAAGCUUCUCAAAUGGAUGGGUUUAAUGACACAGGAGCAUACUGGAGAUCAUGGUAUGAGUCACCAACAUUUGCAGAUGAUCUUGAGAAGAUCUAUGACCAGCUCAAACCACUGUACAAUAACCUUCAUGCCUUUGUGAGGAGAAAGUUAUAUCAGAUAUACGGACCCAAAUACAUCAAUCUGAAAGGACCGAUACCUGCACAUCUAUUGGGUAACAUGUGGGCCCAGCAAUGGAACAACAUCUAUGACCUGGUGAUCCCAUUCCCAGGUAAAGGCAACAUAGAUGUCACUGAUGUAAUGGUUAAGAAGAACUGGAAUGCCACUCACAUGUUCCAAGUCUCGGAGGAUUUCUUCACUUCCCUUGGACUCAUCAAGAUGCCACAGGAAUUCUGGGAUUAUUCAAUGCUCAAGAAACCCAGUGAUGGGAGGGAAGUUGUCUGCCAUGCUUCUGCAUGGGACUUCUACAACCAGAAAGAUUUCAGAAUCAAACAGUGCACGACCGUCACUAUGGAGCAGCUCUUCACUGUACAUCAUGAAAUGGGCCAUGUGGAAUACUACCUUCAGUACAAGGACCAACCAGUCAGCUUCAGGGAAGGGGCCAACCCAGGCUUUCACGAAGCAAUUGGAGAUGUAAUGGCGCUUUCAGUAUCCACACCCAAACACUUGAAAGAAAUUGGACUGCUGGAAAAUGUUGUGGAUGACCAAGAAGCCGACAUUAAUUACCUCCUGAAAAUGGCCUUGGAAAAAAUCGCCUUCCUCCCAUUCGGGUAUCUGAUUGACCAGUGGCGCUGGGGAGUGUUCAGUGGGCGGAUUACACCAGAAAAUUAUAACUUUGAAUGGUGGUACCUGAGGACAAAGUACCAAGGGAUCUGCCCACCAGUUCCAAGAAAUGAGAAUAACUUUGACCCUGGUGCCAAGUACCACAUCCCCGCAAACACACCUUACAUCAGGUACUUUGUGAGUUUUAUCCUGCAGUUUCAGUUCCACAAAGCUCUGUGCAAUGCUUCAGGACACACAGGACCUCUGCAUAAAUGUGACAUCUACAAGUCUGUUGAAGCUGGCAACGUUCUCAGUAAAGCACUGAGUGCUGGUUCCUCUAAACCUUGGCAGGACAUCCUUCAAGAGCUGACAGGCAGCGGCAAGAUGAAUGCAAGUGCCUUGCUUGAGUAUUUUAAACCCGUCACUGACUGGCUUCAGAAAAAGAACAAUGAAAACAAGGAAGAACUGGGUUGGUCUGAUUUUACCUGGACCCCUCCAAUCCCUGACGGAUACCCAAAUGGCAUUGACAAAAUCACCGAUGAAAAGAAAGCGCAGGAGUUUGUCGACAAUUACAACACAGUCACAGAGAAAGUGUGGUAUGACUACACAGAGGCCUCCUGGGCAUACAAUACCAACAUCACCGAACAAAACAACAAGGUCAUGCUGGAAAAAAGCCUCGAGAUGUCCAACCACUCACUGGUGUAUGGUGUCCAAGCUCGACAAUUCGACUCUACAGACUUCCAAAGCCCAGAAAUCAAACGUAUCCUGAAGAAACUAAGUGAUAUUGAACGUGCAGCUCUUCCUGAGGAGGAGGUGAAGGAGUACAACAACGUCUUGUCUGAAAUGGAAACUACCUACAGUGUUGCAAAAGUAUGUCGCACAAAUGGGACUUGUCACCCUUUGGAUCCUGAUCUAACAGAGAUCAUGGCAACUUCAAACGACUACAACGAGCUGCUGUUUGCUUGGAAAGGAUGGAGAGAUGCCUCAGGAAAGAAAAUGAGGACCAACUUCAAGAGAUAUGUGGAGUUAAGCAACAAAGCAGCAAGACUGAAUGGUCACGCUGAUACAGGAGCUUUCUGGAGAUCCCUUUAUGAUUCCAAAACUUUUGAAGCAGAUUUGGAGAAUAUUUACAACGAGCUGAAGCCCUUGUACCUGAACCUGCAUGCAUAUGUCAGGAGAGCAUUGCACAAGAAAUAUGGAAACACAUACAUCAACCUGAAGGGUCCAAUCCCAGCCCAUCUCUUGGGGAAUAUGUGGGCCCAAUCAUGGAACAAUGUCUACAAACUGUUGAUACCUUACCCCAAUGCCAGCCACGUUGAUGCAACACCUCAAAUGAUUGCCCAGCAUUGGAAUCCCAUUCGAAUGUUUCAAGCAUCAGACCAAUUCUUCAUAUCACUCGGCCUCAUUCCAAUGCCAGAGGAAUUCUGGAACAAGUCAAUGCUCGAAAAGCCGAAUGAUAGGGAGGUUGUUUGCCAUGCAUCUGCCUGGGACUUCUUCAAUAAGAAAGAUUUCAGGAUUAAACAGUGCACAGUGGUGAACAUGGAAGACCUGAUAACAGUGCACCAUGAAAUGGGCCACGUUCAGUAUUUCCUUCAAUACAAAGACCAGCACAUCUCAUUCCGAGACGGCGCUAACCCUGGGUUUCAUGAGGCCAUUGGUGAUGUGAUGGCUCUGUCGGUAUCUACGCCCAAACAUCUCCACAGCAUCGGGCUCCUUGACAAGGUGGAAGACAACCCAGCGAGUGAUAUUAACUACCUGAUGAGCAUCGCGUUGGACAAGAUUGCUUUCCUUCCAUUUGGCUACCUCAUGGACCAAUGGCGAUGGAGGGUGUUCGAUGGGCGGAUCCCAGAAGAUAUUUACAACCAGGAAUGGUGGAAUCUCAGGUUAAAAUAUCAGGGCGUGUGUCCUCCUGUUGCUCGAUCAGAGGAAGAUUUUGAUCCCGGUGCAAAAUUCCACAUUCCUUCAAGUGUUCCUUACGUCAGGUACUUUGUGAGCUUCAUCAUCCAGUUCCAGUUUCAUGAGAGCCUUUGCAAAGCUGCUGGUCAAACAGGACCUCUGCACAAAUGUGAUAUCUACAAGUCAAAAGCUGCAGGAACACAAAUUGGGAAUGCCAUGAAACUGGGGAGCAGCAAACCAUGGCCUGAAGCCAUGAAGAUGAUUACAGGGAACACCACGAUGUCAGCUGCUUCUCUACUGAAAUACUUCCAGCCACUAACAGAAUGGCUCAUUGCAGAAAAUAAGAAACAAGGCGAAACCCUGGGGUGGCCUGAUUAUGACUGGACACCAGCUCAUCCUUCCAUGAAACCUCCAGCUCGUCCCUCCGUGGAACCUUCAGCUCCAACGACUCCAGUUUCCACUGUUGAGGGAAAUCCAAAGCCUGUUCCAAAGAGCAAAGUGGAUUUUCUGGGGUUAAGUUUAGAUCCACAGCAGGCUAAGGCAGGCCAGUGGAUCCUGCUUGUAUUGGCCCUUAUCCUAGCUAUCACAGUCAUUGCCCUUGCAGCAAAAAUAAUUUUAAGAAAGAAACAGCACAAAUCAACAUCUGAACUUGAACUGCAAUGAAAACAAAUCUCAUCAAGUCAGAACUCUUUCACUAUGCAAAAACAAAACAAUAAUUCAACACUCAAUUUGUAUUUGUAUAUCUGCUGUAAGAAUGUUCAAUUAAUCUCUUGGGUUGGAUAGUCUUCAUACUUCGAACACUUCAGCAACAACUAGACAUUUGAUGCAGGGAUGUGAAAUAAUAUAUUAAAGGGUUCUCUUGUGUAAUUUGCUGUAACUUUUGAAUGUGAAAAUAAUGUAAAUUCAAUCAGUAUCAGGUUAUAUUGUUGAGUUAUGACAGUAAACUACUGUUCCAUAGUAUCAUUGUUUUCUGGAUGUUGUUGCAAUCUUGAGCCUGGCUGCUCUAAAAAAUGCAACCAUAUCUAACUGCAGUAAAAAUGCGACCAUAUCUCACUGCAGUGGAAUGCGACCAUAUCUGAAUGCAAUGGAAAUGUGACCAUAUCUGACUUGCAGUAAAAAUACAACCAUUUCUGACUGCAGUAAAAAUGUGACCAUAUCUAACUGCAGUGGAAAUGCGAUCAUAUCUAACUGCAGCAGAAAUGCAGCACCAUCUCACUACACCAAGUUAAUACUUAAGGAAUUACAGAGCUGAUAUAUUAGAAAGAGGGGUAUGUUACCCAGGUCAAGGUUUUAUCUUUCCCCCUUCUUACUCAAUACCAGAAUUCUCUUGAGGCCCCUCCUAACCCUUUAGGCAUUAGUUGUGCCUUUGUAACCCAGCAUGUUUGUUGCACCAAGCAGCACACUCAACCAUGAGUGACCUGAAGCAGCUGAUGUCUGGAGGGUUCCUAUAAUCUAUCAGUCCUGACAUGACAUUGACCAUAAACUGACCUGUAAAGUUUUGAAUGGAACAUCAGGAUCUUUCAAACAAUCAAAAGGAAAAAAUCACCAAUUGCAGGAUCCCAGUGCAAGAUGUGAUUGGACUUGGGGGGUUUCCAUGAUUUGUUGACAUUCUCAUUGUACCUCAAUAGAUCACUUCAGUUGUUGAUUAUUUUAAAACGGGUAACACAGGUAGCAUAGCAUCCAGCCUUGGUAAAGCCUCACAAAUUCCUAAAGUCCUUCCCCCCACAACCCCCCACCACCCCUUAGUUAAAGGGUUGGUAAGAGUCAUUUACUUGAUCCCAUGAUGCCUCGUGAAUUUCUCCAAUGACAAUUUAAGCAGCACAGGAAAUGAAGGGUCCAGGUUCAAUCUGCAAUGGGCAAACUAGGUCAUCUCAGCUAGAGUGGCACCUGGAGUUUCGUAAUCAAUUGUACCUCUGGGCUAGGGAGCUGAGGUUUAGUCAGUGAUUACCUUACAGUGGAAAUGAGCUCCUGCCAAAGUGGAGUGGACAGAAGGUAAAGCUCAACAGUGAAACACCACGUAGUCAAAUUGCAAGUCAUCUCCUGCUGUCAAGGCUUGGACAAGGUACCCUGGAGGGCAACCAUUGCUCACUGAGAAACAAACCCUAGCCAGGAGUCAAUACCUUUAGAGACGAAGGGAGAGAAUUGGUGAAAAAAAUUCUCUCGAGAAUAUGCAAUAUCAUGAAAACGAAAUCUAGAGGCAACCUCUAAAUAUAAUGCUGCUGUGUUCUAGAAAGAUCUAGCUCAUAACAUCACAUUGUUUCUCUAAUGUAAAUAUAUACAUUCGUUGCAUGAUUUUUGUGUGGUGAUUCACAUAGGAAGUGUUCAGAAAAAGUAAACCAAGAGUAUGUGACUGAGGAAAUUGGUGUACUAAACGGCAUGCAUAAUAUACUUGAGCUGUUUUAAACAAA